AUGAAAUUUUCGUUCCACAGCGAAGCUUUGUUCGCUCUCCUCGUCGUUACCACAAUAAAGAUAGACAAUGUGUCGGGGACUCUGGCGUCUCCAUUUCCUUUCGAAGAACUCAACGCAGAUGGCUCCCCGACGGGCGAAAUGUACGUCUUUGGCGGACCAGGUAAUAGCUGGCUCGAGGACAAGAACGGGUUCACUAUCUGUCCCGUAGUCACGCACCCCGAUAAAAUCCCCCAACAGCUCUCCAAUGAAGAUUCGGUCGGCAACGCUGAUCCGGAGACGACCUUUUACUACUGUGGAAAAGAUAAGAACGGCGACGUGGUGCCUAGAAUGGAUCUUCAAGUAGGAAGAGAAAGUCCUCAAGCCUCCGGCCUUAAGCCAAACGUCGGAAAAAACGAAAAUCAGAUCGAGGAGGAGUGUGGGGCUUUUUGCGAGGUGGACGACAGCGGACGCCGACUAGGAGAGUUCCGCGGCAGUCAUCGCAAGCUCCAGGGCACCCUGAAGAACCUGGUGGUUCUAAUGCGAUUUAGUGAUCACUCUUCUCGUAAUUUUCUCCCAACUGUCGCGGAAGUAGACGACCUUAUGAAUGCUGAAAGUCCUACUGCAUCAUGUCCUACUGGAAGCGUUAAACAGGUGUUCCUGGAGAACAGCAACGGCAGAUUGAUUCUUGAUUCCACCGUUUACCAAUGGGUGACCCUUGACCCCGUAUACACGGAGACAUACUGCGCCAACGAUAAGUCUGGUCUAGAUGUGCGAAUCCACGAGUGUAUUGCGAAUGCACUGGACAAAGUUGAAGCUGGCGGAUUGGACUUUCGUGACUUUGACCAGGACAACGACGGGCUUAUUGAUGCGAUCACUUUUCUACACUCGGGCUACGGAGCGGAAUGGAAUGGGGCCAGCAAUCGGAUCUGGUCUCACAAGUGGUCGCUGUUUACCAUCGAGGAUGGGGGCGAGGCCGGUUGGACAUCCAGCGUUGGCGUAAGUGUCUUCAACUACCAUAUUAAUCCAUCUCUAUGGGGAUCUACUGGUACAAGCAUUGGUCGUAUCGGAGUAAUAGCACACGAGACCGGUCACUUCUUAGGACUGCCUGAUCUAUAUGAUAUAGAUGGAGGGGGAAAGGGGCUGAACUCCUGGAGUCUUAUGGCAAAUAGCUGGGGAUUUGAUAGUUCGCAGCUAUAUCCACCCCUAUUAGAUCCGUGGUGCAAGAUCCAGCUAGGCUGGGUGACGCCUACAGUGCUGACGGAAACCUCCAGGAACAUUGAGAUCAAACCUUCGUAUACUGACGACGACUACUAUAUCAUUCAAAGAGGAUUCCCCGAGGAUGAGUUCCUCCUGAUUGAAUAUCGUCGCAGGGUAGGAUACGACAGCCUGAUUCCCGAGGAAGGGCUUCUGAUCUACCACAUUGAUGACACUGCUAGUUUCGAUCAAGAAGGGUUUCCUGGACAAACGGGUUGGCCUGAAAAUGGCAAUCACUAUCGUGUAGCUCUCUUGCAGGCCGAUGGCGAAUAUGACCUGGAACAGUUUCUAGAUUCCGAUGCUGGGGAUGUCUUUCGGGGUGGAAGGGAUGGUGCUUCUUCUCUCGGCCCUGGCCCUGAUAUCUACCCAAAUACCGACAGCUACCAGUCUGGAAGUGUAACCAAAACGGGCAUCCUGAUUGAAAACAUAAGUUUGGCAGGAGAUACUGUAACGUUCGAUUUCGUGUACGAGGAGGAAGGCGUCCCGUCCUUAAUGCCCUCCGGCGUCCCAUCCUUAAUGCCCUCCGGCGUCCCGACAGCUACUCCAAGAGAACCAACAGCUUCUCCAAGGGAACCAACAGCUACUCCAAGGGAACCAACAGCGACUCCUGGGGAACCAACACCUACUCCAAGGGAACCAACAGCUUCUCCAAGAGAUCCAACAGCUUCUCCAAGGGAGCCAUCAGCGACUCCUAGGGAACCAACAGCGACUCCUAGGGAACCAACAGCUCCUCCCUCAUCUGUACCGACUACUCAGCCAACAGGGGUGCCGUCUUUCAUGCCGACGGCGGACUUUUUUUCCUCGGUACCGAGCCAUCAGCCCACUCGGGUUCCCAUUACCCUUCCUACGAAUAUGAAUAAUAGAGACAGAGGCAACGGUAUGAAAAGGAAUCGAAUGAGCGCGAACGACUCGGUGCAUCAGCCGAAUCGAAAUCCGAAGUUGCAAGUCGGCUGUUCAAACAGUUACGGUUCGUAGAAUUGACUGUGAGUGAAAAACACAAAGAAAAGUAAAAAACUGUAAAAAAGUCUAAGAAGCAACAAGACAGCG